GUUUUUGAUGAAUUAAUUAUCGAACUGGAUUUCUAUUUAAAUGAACAAUAUCGAUCGAAAUUUGGUCGAUUUUAUUUUUUAUCAAAUGAUGAUCUUGUUAAUUUAAUUUCAUCUGGUCUUGAUCCAAGAUUUUAUAUUCCAUAUGUUAGACAAUUAUUUAAAGGUGUUCAUAAUAUUCAAUUUCGUUUACCGGAGCAAAAUAUUGGAACAACAACAAAUCAAACUAUGAAUUCUGCUGCUAUUGAUGUUUAUGGUAAAUUAUUUAUUAGAUAAUUAUAAAUUUAGUCAUAUUUUUAAUUCAAUAUUAAUAUAUAAUUACUUUUCUUAUAUACAAAAGUUAUUAGAAGAUAAAAAAAAUUAAAUAAUUAUUUUUAAUUUAGUUUCG